CAAUACCCCCCCCCCCCACACCUCAGGAAACACCGUUCACUGUCGCUAUUUCAGCCAUAUAGUUGCCUAUAUUGCCUACUGAAUCCUCACGUUCCUUCCUGUUCUCAUCAUCACUUUAUACCCGGCACGCGCAAUCCUUCAUCCUUCGCCCCUCUUUAACCCUCACCAUGACGGAACGCAUUUUGAUGAACGAAUACAAGGCACUGUCGCAAGAGCCCUGGGUCAAUAUUGAGAUCAAUGAGGAGAACAUACUGACCUGGACGAUCGGCCUGAUCGUGCUCAAUCCCGACUCUCUCUAUUAUGGCGGCUACUUCAAGGCAGUCAUGAAAUUUCCCAGCAACUACCCCUACUCUCCUCCAGAAUUCCAAUUCCUCCGCCCCCUCUAUCACCCGAACAUCUACAAAGACGGCAGACUGUGCAUCUCCAUUCUUCACGCUCCUGGCGAGGAUGCCAUGUCCGGCGAGCUGGCCUCCGAGCGCUGGUCCCCGGCCCAACGUGUCGAGUCCGUCCUUAUCUCCAUUAUCUCGCUCCUCGACGACGCCGAGAUUUCCUCGCCCGCCAACGUCGACGCCUCGGUGAUGUUGCGCAAGGAUUUCGAUCGCUACAAGGAGAUCGUGCGCCAGAACGUGGAGGAGUCGAAGGCCGAUAUCCCGGAGGGGUUCGUCAUGCCCACGCACGAGUCGACCACCCCGCCUAAGCCCGUCGAGAAGGACGAUUCGGACUUCUGGGCCGAGAGCGAUGUAGACGACGAUGUGUUCGGUGGCAGCGACUCUGACGAGGACCUCGACGUCGACGAUCAGGAGACAGGCAGUGAGGAGGAGGAUGAACAAGCCUAGGGAUGACACCGUGAGACGUGCAUUACAUGCUCUCUCCCCCUCAUUUUCUUUCCGUCCGCCAUUAUUUUUUUUAUCUCUUGGUGCUUGGUGUUAUUCUCUUCUAUGGCAUGGCAUGGCAUAGCGUGGUGGUGCAUUCAGAUGGGUUCAUAAUAUCAGCGUCGGUCCUGUAUCUCUUAAUACUUAUUACAGCAGGCUUCAUGUGUUUGUUCCAUUGAAGCAAACUUAUGCACCUUUUUUUCGGGCUUAUGAAUGUUUUUUUUUUCUUUUUUCAUUUUGACUGGUUGAGGCAAAGCAUUUGUUCCUUUCAUAUCAGAAGGCAUGCAUGCAUACAACAUUGAAUGAACAACUACUAAACGCC